UCUUUACUGGCUUCAAGAGAAGGAGAAAAGAAGAAUAUAUUUUGAACCAUGCCAGCGUUUGUCGAAUAAAGGGGAUGCACUUAGCCUAGUGGAACUUUUAGGAAGUUUUGUUCCUAUAACAUUAAAACUGAUGAGAAAAUCAUUUUGAAGGAAAAUACCCAACAGUUUUUCAUCAUGAAGAGGAAUGUGAUGGUUUUAUUCCUUCUCUCGUCUUUAGUUGCAAAGACCUCCAGUUUAAUGAAAGUCGCAGAGCAGGGGAAGAACAAAUGCGAUGAGAAGACGCUUGUUAUCACCAAAACCAAAUGCAGAUCUUGCUCUCUCAAUUUUGAAAUCCAGUGUCCUGAAGGUUAUACUAAAAUUACCAAUAGCUCUGGGACACGAGACUGCAGGUAUUACCUUGAAAUCAAGACUUUCACUCUCUCCCUCCCAGGAUGUCGACAUACCUGUAUGAUGGAGUACCAGCAGUCUCAAUGUUGCCCAGGCUAUUGGGGGCCAGACUGUCUAGAAUGUCCAGGCGGAGCAACAUCACCCUGUCUUAACAGAGGGCGUUGCUUUCAGAGUGAGUUUGGGAAUGGAACCUGUACCUGCCAGAAAGGAUUUGGUGGAACCGCCUGUGAAACAUGUGCUGAAGACAAUGUUUUUGGACCUAACUGUACUUCAGUAUGUAGCUGCAUCCAUGGAACAUGCAGCAGUGGGAUAACUGGAGAUGGUAGAUGCACAUGUUUAUCUGGAUACAAAGGUCCUAGCUGUGACCAACCUAUACCUGAAUGCCAGGCCCUGCAGUGCCCAGAAAACUCCAGGUGUUCUGUCUCCAGCAUAGAUAAAACCCAGCUGGAAUGCAAAUGCCUUCCCAGCUAUCAGGGAGAUGGCAAACACUGUGAACCCAUCAACCCAUGCUCAAAACAGCCUUGUGAUUCUCAUGCUGAUUGCCUCUACCUCGGACCCAAUCGUCACAAUUGUACAUGCCACUAUGGUUACAGAGGAGAUGGCCAAGUUUGCAUUCCUAUAGAUCCUUGCCAAACAAACUUUGGGAAUUGCCCUACAGAGUCUACUGUCUGUAAAUAUGAUGCCCCUCUAAUGUCCCACUGUGAAUGCAAAGAACAUUUCAGAAAUUUUGUACCUGGAAAAGGAUGCAGGAUGACAAAUAUCUGUGCAACUAACAACCCUUGCCAUAAAUAUGCUGAAUGCACAAUGACAGGACCAGGACAAACUCUAUGUACUUGCAAAAAGGGCUACGUAGGUGAUGGAUUUAUAUGCUAUGGAAACAUCAUGGACCGAAUCAGAGACAUAAACACCAAAUCCGGAGGACAGUGGGAAGGACAACUAACAUAUGCUAUAGAACUCUUUGAAAAUGCCUACAAAUGGCCAUUAAGUAGUCGAGGACCAUUUACAGUUCUUGUUCCAACAAAUGAUGGGUUCAAAGGCAUCCAUUUUAAAGAUCUUCUUUCUAAUAAAGAGAGUGCCCAAUAUUUUGUGAAACUCCACAUAAUUGCUGGUCACCUGGACCUAAAUGGAUUGAAUAAUACAAGUACAGUUUACACGAUGACUGGCAAGCCCGGGGACAUAUUAAAUGAUGAAAAGGACAUAAGAAUUAGGAUACAAGGAGGAAAGAAGAAAGGUAAAAUCCUACAAGGGGAUAUUGUUGCCUCCAAUGGCAUUGUACACAUUAUCAGCGAUGCCAUGGACAACAUGGAACCUACUUUUGAAGGUGAUAACGAGAAAUCUAUAAUGGCAUUGCUUCAAGACAAAACAAGAUUUAGCAUAUUUAGAUCAAUGUUAGAGAAUCAUAUCAUGGGAUCAUACUUGUAUAUGCAUAGUGGACCUAGUACAAUUUUCAUUCCCACCAAUGAUGCUUUGGAGAACCUGAAAGACGGAGCACUGGACUACCUGUUAUCAAGUAAGGGUUCACGAAAGCUUCAUGAGCUAGUCCAGUAUCACAUUGUAUUUCAUACUGAGCUGGAAGUCGCCACCCUUAUCUCCAUGGGGUACAUUGAGACUAUGGCCCAGCAGCUCAUCUAUUUUAACAUAACUGAUAGUGGACAGAUCCUUGUCAAUGGUGAACGAAUAGAAGAAACAGACAUCACUGCAAACAAUGGCCAAAUUUUCACACUUUCUGGUGUUCUUAUACCUCCUUCCAUAAUCCCAAUUCUGCCACAACGAUGUGAUGAAGAAAAAACUGAAAUUAAGAUGGGUACUUGUGGGAAAUGCCCAGUAUCCCACAGGGACAGUUGUCCAGAAGAUUCAAUAUCUGUUCCUGCCACUGGGACUAAAUGCAUUUACAAUGACCAGACUCUUCUAAAACAUGGAUGUGCUAGGUAUUGCCAAGUAACAAAAAAGGAGCCUAACUGUUGCAAAGGAUUCUUUGGCCCGGACUGCAAUCAGUGCCCUGGUGGCUUUUCCAAACCUUGCUCAGGGAACGGAGAGUGUAUGGAUGGGAUGAGUGGAAAUGGAACUUGUGUUUGCAAUACUGGAUUCGAAGGAUCUUAUUGCCAGUUCUGUUCAGAUCCCAAUAAAUACGGACCUCAGUGUGACAAAAAAUGUAUGUGUGUGUACGGGAAGUGUGACAACCGAAUAGAAAGUGAUGGAAUCUGCCUUGCUGGCUCAUGUCAAAGUGGAUAUGCCGGAAAACUCUGUGAUGCUCAGGUGUUUCCAUGUGGCACUUUUCUUCAGUUCUGCCAUGCACAUGCCAACUGCCUGUUUAGCAACGGAGCCCUGAGCUGUGUUUGCAAACCUGGAUAUGAAGGAGAUGGAAUAACUUGCAGUGAAGCAGAUCCUUGUGCUAAUUUAAUUCCACACAGUUGCAGUUCUAACGCAGAAUGUAUCAAGACUGGACCUGGAACUCAUGAGUGUGUAUGCCAGCCGGGAUGGACAGGAAAUGGAAGAGACUGUGCAGAAAUCAACAAUUGCCUGCUGACAAAUUUUGGAGGCUGCCAUAGUAAUGCCACCUGCCUUUAUAUAGGUCCAGGCCAGAAUGACUGUGAAUGUAAGGAAGGAUUUCGGGGCAAUGGAUAUGAAUGUGAGCCCAUAAACUCUUGUUCUGAACAAAAUGGGAAGUGCCAUCCCCUGGCAGGUUGUCAGUUCACAUCUUCUGGAAUCUGGCAGUGUGUGUGUCCAAAGGGUUAUGAGGGAGACGGCAGCAUAUGCUAUGGAAAUGCAGUAGAGGAAUUGUCUUCUCUGUCAGAAGCAGCUGGGUUUAAUGAUUGGGUUGAUACAGCUGCAUUAAAGACACUCCUGACAGAUAUGUCAAAUCUAACCAUCCUUGUGCCUUCUCGCCAAGCAAUUGAAAACAUGGACCAAGAUGAAAGAGCUUUUUGGAUGUCAAAAAGCAACAUUCUAAGCCUAAUAAAGUGCCACAUAUUAGAGGGAGCAUAUACAGUUGCUGACCUCCAAAACUUGUCAUCUUCUGAUGGUUUGGCAGCAUCUCUGCAUGGCAACUUCCUGCCAUUGUCCAAAGGAAAAGGAAAUCUCACUGUUGAUGGAGCCAACAUUGUAGCUGGUGACAUUGCUGCCACAAAUGGAAUUAUACAUGUAAUUGAUAAGGUUCUGACACCCAUCAGAAGAGUGAGAAGCGUUUUACCAAACCUGCUGGCACGCCUGGAACAGAUGCCCAAUUACUCCAUUUUCCGGGGUUAUAUUAUUCAAUAUAAGCUGGCAAAUGAAAUAGAAGCAGCCAGCACUUAUACCAUUUUUGCUCCAAGCAAUGAAGCCAUUGAAAGUUUCCUCAAGAAUAAACAAUCAACCUCUCUGGAUGAAGAGCAAAUCCGGUACCAUGUUGUUCUGGAGGAGAAGCUCUUGAAAAAUGACAUGCAUAAUGGGAUGUCCAGGGAGACCAUGCUUGGAUUGUCAUUUAGAGUUGGAUUCUUUAUCCACGAUGCCCAGCUCUACAUAAACGAAGCACCUCUUAAUUCCCCAAAUGUUGCAACUGAUAAAGGAAUAAUCCAUGGAUUGGGAAAAGUAAUGGAAGUCCCCAAGAACAGAUGUGAUGUCAAUGAUUCUGUGAUUAUAACUGGAAAAUGUUUGUCCUGUUCAUUCCCACCUGGCUGCCCACCUGGAACUACAGCAGUGCCAGGAAAGGGCGAAAUGUGCUUUUAUGUCCACUACUAUAGGAUGACCCUUCGCUCUGGAUGCCAGCCAAAAUGCAUUAAAACCAUAGUUAACAAAGGAUGUUGUGCUGGUUUUUAUGGCCCACAGUGCGAGCCUUGUCCAGGGCAAGUUGGAAAUGCUUGCUUUGGGAAUGGUGUUUGCAUGGAUGGCAUUAAUGGCACUGGCUCUUGUCUGUGUGAAUCAAGAUUCACUGGACUGGACUGUGAUAGAUGUAUCGAAGGCAAAUAUGGCAUCAACUGUGACCAAGAUUGUGCGUGCAUCCAUGGGAAAUGCAACAGUGGCAUUAAAGGAGACGGCACUUGUGAAUGUGAUGUCGGCUGGAGAGGUGUGAAAUGUGAGAGUGAAAUCAAAGAUGAUGAAUGCAACAGUACCUGCCACACCAGUGCCAACUGCUUCCUCAAUCCUGACAGCUCAGCAUAUUGCAAGUGUGCAGCUGGGUUUAAAGGGAACGGGACUUACUGUUCAGCUAUCAAUGCUUGUGAAACCAGCAAUGGAGGUUGCGCUGUCAAAGCAGAUUGUAAACGUACCACUCCGGGAAACCGAGUGUGUGCUUGCAAAGCAGGUUACACUGGAGAUGGAAUAGUCUGCUUUGAAAUCAACCCUUGCUUGGAGAAUAAAGGUGGAUGUGAUAAAAAUGCAGAGUGUACUCACACUGGACCAAAUCAGGCAGCAUGUAACUGUUUAACAGGAUAUUCUGGAAAUGGUAAAUCCUGCACCUUCAUCAGCCCAUGUUCAAUUAAUAAUGGUGGCUGUGGGGAAUUUGCACUCUGCAAUGCUACUGAACAAUCAGAAAGGACCUGCACCUGUAGGCCCGGCUACAUUGGUGAUGGGUUUACUUGCAGAGGCAGCAUCUUCCAGGAACUUUCGAGGGAUACCAACAGCAGUAAAUUUAGCAGUUUUCUCAUGGAUUCUGGUGUAAGAGAUAUUUUAGGGGUUGGCCCUUUCACUGUUUUUGCACCAAGCACACAAGCAAUGCUAAAUGAAUCAAAGAUGAAUAGCUGGUAUGCCAAAGGUGUGUUGCCCCAGAUCCUUCGCUAUCACGUAGUAUCUUGUACUGGGCUACUGUAUAAUGACCUGAUAUUAGGUAAAACUGUCACCACACUUCAGGGAGAGCAGCUCAAGAUCACAUUCUCACAGAAUUCAGUUUUUUUGAAUGGCAAAGCUAAGAUUUUAAACAGUGAUAUCAUAACCACAAAUGGAGUGAUACAUAUCAUAGAUACAGUCCUAAUUCCACAGAAAAUGCAAGACUUCCCACCUGGAGCUCCAUAUUCUAAAAGGGAAAUCCUCAAAAAUGUUGCAGCAAAAAAUGGGUACAGCAUGUUCUCCAGCUUGUUAGAGAGAACAGGAUUGAUGACUCUUAUCAAUGAUCCUCUCCAUCAACCAGUCACCUUGUUCUGGCCCAGUGACAAAGUGAUCAGAGCUAUGCCACAAGACGAGCAAGAUGCACUAUUUCAAAUGCUGAACAAGGAAAAACUAAAGCAGUACUUGAAAUUCCACAUCAUUGGAAGUGCUAAGAUUUUAGCCUAUGCCCUCCCUAAUUCUGAGUCACUGAAGACACUUCAAGGUUCUGAUCUCAGUGUGACAUGUAGUGACGAUGACGCCGAUAUUGGUGACUUGUUCCUCAAUGAAAGGAGGUGUAAGAUAGUGCAAAGGCAUCUGGAGUUUAAUGAUGGAGUUGCUUACGGUAUUGACUGCAUGUUAGCCGAUCCUACACUUGGAGGUCGCUGUGACACUUUCAUCACUUCUGAUUUGCCGGGGGACUGCAGUAGUUGUUACAGAACUUUUCGCUGUCCUGCUGGAAGUAAAGUAACGGGAGAAACUAAGUCAUGUACUUACUUACUCAAUCAAAGAGUCCUGACAGGCUGUCGGAAGGAUUGCACUAUGGUGGUCAGGGUCCCGCAGUGCUGCAAAGGCUUCGUUGGGAAUGACUGUAAAGCCUGCCCAGGAGGGCCCGAAGCGCCAUGUUCUAGCCAUGGCUCAUGUGAUGAAGGCUAUGCUGGCACAGGGCAAUGCACAUGUAAUGGUGGCUUCAACGGGACUUCCUGUGAGAGCUGUCUGCCAGGAAGAUAUGGCCUGGAAUGCAAAUCCUGUGAGUGCACAGCACAUGGACAGUGUGAUGAAGGAACUUCUGGAUCAGGGCUGUGUUUCUGUGAAACGGGAUGGACAGGCCGAUUCUGUGAAACCCAACUUGCUUCAGUCCAAGUGUGUUCGCCCAGCUGUUCUGUUAAUGCUGUAUGCAGAAACGACAACACCUGCCAGUGCAAGCCAUAUUACAGCGGAGACGGAAUCACAUGCACUGCUGAGGACCUUUGUAAGAAGAACAAUGGUGGCUGUCAUAAGCACGCAACGUGUACGCAGUCUGGUGUGAAAGUCAAUUGCACAUGCCAGAUAGGAUACCAGGGAGACGGCCACUCCUGCAUUGCUAUCAACCCUUGCACAGAUGGAUUCAAUGGUGGUUGUCACGAACAUGCUACUUGUACAAUGACUGGACCUGAUAAGCGUACGUGUGAAUGCCCAGAUCCCUACAUUGGUGAUGGCAUCACCUGUGAAGUGAAACAACUACCUUUGGACCGAUGUCUGCAAGACAAUGGACAAUGUCAUCCUGACGCUAACUGUGCCGAUCUCCAUUUCCAAGAUGCAACUGUUGGAGUUUUUCACAUACGUUCUCCAAAGGGAAAGUACAAACUGACUUAUGAGAACGCAAAUAAGACCUGUGCUGAUGAAGGAGCCACAGUAGCUACCUACAAUCAGCUCUCAUAUGCCCAGAAGGCAAAGUUCCACUUAUGUGCCGCUGGCUGGCUGGAUAAUGGAAGAGUGGCAUAUCCCACUGCCUUCUCUGCCCCAAAGUGUGGAGGAGGAGUUGUUGGGAUUAUCGACUACGGGAUCAGAGUCAACCUCAGUGAAACCUGGGAUGUCUUUUGUUACAGAGUUAAAGAUGUCAACUGCACUUGCAAAAUUGGCUAUGUGGGUAAUGGAUAUACAUGUAGUGGGAACUUGUUCCAAGUGCUCCUGUCUUUCCCAUUUUUUACAAACUUCAUCAAGGAGGUCUUGACUUACUCAAAUGCGUCAGUGAAUGGCCAGGAGUUUGUGAAAUACCUCACAGAUUUGUCCAUUCACGCAACAUUGUUUGUACCAAACAAUGAUGGGCUGAAAGAAAAUCAGACGCUUUCUGGAAGAGACAUUGAAUAUCAUUUGUCCAACAUGGGUGCUUUGUACUAUGAAGAUUUGACCAACGGAAGUACCCUUCAAACCAGAAUAGGGAAAAGACUUUUAAUUACACACAGUGAAGAUCAGAAGUACCAGGCUUCUUCAGCUAAAAGGAUCAAAACCAAGUAUGUAGACAGAAGAGCUAUCCUUGAGUGGGACAUCAUUGCUUCCAAUGGGGUCAUCCAUGUGAUCGCAGCACCACUGCAGGCUCCACCACUACCGUCUGAUUUACAUGCUGGAGUUGGAAUAUUCUUUGCAAUUCUCCUGGUCACUGGAAUCAUUGCUCUUGUUGGAUACUCAUACUACAGGUUUAAGCAGGGAAAUAUUCGCUUCCAGCAUUUCAAGGAUAAAGAUGAUGUUGAUGUAACCCUGGAUAACAGACAGUUUGCAAACAUCUCAAAUCCUAACUAUGAAAACUCAACAACCUCUCCACCAGAUCCUCCUUAUGAUCCUUUUUCUGAUUCUGAUAAUCAACAACUGGUGACGAGUGGGCCCUCUGAUGGAGUUCCAGUGGCUUAACUCUAAACAUUCAAAGGAACAUUUUUUCUACUGGAAUAUAAAAUACAAAAAGCAAUGCAAAGAGAAGACAGUGAAAGAAAGAUUCUCAGGAAAGGAGUUCAAAUGUGGCUUGGGUUUCUAGAGUUGUCUAUUGUUUUUUCCUGCUUUCCUGAGAUCAAAUGCUUCUUCAGGAUUUGUUACCAUUCUGCUUUCUUAAUUCAUAAUUUGGAGAGUGUGUGAGAGAUUCUGAAGUUCAUUAGCUACAACCACAGCAUAUGUUACACUUCUAACAAGAUAUUAAACAAAGCACUAACACCACCUCCUAUUGCUGAUUUAUAUAAUCCAAGUUUGGCAAUGUAGGGAUCCUACAUAAAAUCUCUACUGUUUUUUUUUUUUUAAGCUAAGCACUGUAAUAAAAGGUCAUUUUUAAAAGAGCAGGUGACAUCAGGGGACAUGGAAAAAUCCCAGCCAAGUUCCCCAUUACCACCACCACUAAAAAUAAUAUACAAAAGUUUUCAAUCUUUCAGAGGCAAUUAAAGAGUGCCUUUUAAAUUCGGACUUUUGGCCAGUGAGUAUCUGUCCUCAGAUUUAUUUUUUUAAAAUUUUAGUUGGUUUCCAUAGAUGUGUUUGUUAAAUUUUAGCUUUAUUUUUAAUGAUCCGUUUGUUUUAGGUUGUUGCUUUUAAUUUGUUGUUCACCACCCUGGGGUCCCAGGACAAAAGGUGGUAUACAAGUGUCAAUAAUAAUAAAUAAUAAAAAUGCAUCUAGCUUGUU